AACCGGAAACAAUCAACGCGACGCAUUCAUUUUAGUCUUCUACGAUGAAUGUGGCCUCCAAAGUAGUUGUUUUAUCUCCUUAAAGUCCAUUCCAAUUCGAAGUUCGAAUCACAAGCUAGAAUAUUCAUCAAAUUCUAGCUUUUAAAUUCCCGCCAGUAUCUCUUCAACAAUUGCACCCGCCUAGCCAUAAGAAAAACGAUGGAAAGCUUCAGAAAGCUUUCUGUGUGUUUUUUGUUACUAUGCUUCACAAGCAUGUCCUCCACGCUGGACAUGAUAACCCCAGACCAACCCCUGCGUGAUGGCCAGAAUAAAAGUCUGGUUUCAGAUAGGGGAAUCUUCGAAGCUGGAUUCUUCAACCUUGCAAAUUCAAAAAGCCGUUACGUGGGAAUUUGGUACAAAGACAUUCGCGAAAAAACGAUCGUAUGGGUGGCCAACAGAGAAAACCCACUCCACAGUGCCUCAGGAGUUUUGCAGAUAGACAGUGAUAAAGGAGUUCUUAGAAUCUUGGACAGCAAAGGGAUCGAAACUUGGUCCUCGAAUGCAUCGCAACAAGCAGAGAACCCAGUUUUGCAGCUUUUGGAUUCAGGAAACCUAGUUCUGAGAGAUGAAAAGAACUUGAGCAGCAUACUAUGGCAGAGCUUUGAUUAUCCAGGCGAUACUUUUCUCCCUGGUAUGAAAAUUAGAAGCGACAUAAGGACAGGUAAGUAUAUGGGUCUGACUUCCUGGAAGUCACUGGAAGAUCCUACCCCUGGUGAGUAUUCUAUGCACAUAGAUACUAAAGGCCUUCCUCAGCUAGUUGUCACAAAGGAAAACAAAAUGACAUACAGAGCAGGACCGUGGACUGGGCUUGGUUUUACGGGGACCCCUGAAUUGAGAACCAUCAAAUCCGUGAAAUUUAUUUUUGAGCUAAGUAAAGAUGAAGCCUCCUAUGAAUAUACUGUUCUGAAGAAUGCAACUCUAAUGAGAAGCAGACUGACGCCACAAGGAUAUCCACUACGUUUGACAUGGUCUUCUCAGGAAAAUAAAUGGGAAUAUUUCUACCCUAGCCAGUUCGAUCACAAGCACGUCUGGUGGGUGUGUUCGAACUACUCGACUUGGAUGUGGAAGAGGAGAUAG